AUGGCCCCCAGAGAUGGAAAUGAAUCGGACAAUGAUGAGGAGAUCCAAAACCAGAUGACUUCACAAGAAACAGGGACAACAGAAGAGAUAAGGGAGUUAAGACAACAAAUGGCAGAGAUGUACGAGGCUUGGAUGAAUGGACAACCUCCACCGUCUUCAAUCCGAGACUAUUUUAAUACAAAUAUGUCUCACCCUAUCCAGGUGUCGACAAGCGAUCAGAUAUAUCCCCCUGGAUUCGGCCCCUAUGCUUACACAUCCAAUGUCGCUGGAACUUCUAUGGUGCGCCCUUCGAAUACGCCCGUGAUAAGUAAUCCACUCUUUGUGUCAACUGCCCCGACUAACAGCAUCCCGCAGCCAACGAUGGUGCCCAAAUCCAAUAGCGAUCCUCCGCCCAAAGUUCGGCGUGAUCAGAGUUACACUCUUGAAGAGACCAUUAAAAUUCCAAGUUCUCAUCCCCACAUUCAUCAAUAUAGUUCCCCUGUUGAAAUUGAGAGGAUGGUCAAGAAUGAGGAACAUGAAGAAAUGACUAAGAAAAUGAAGAGUUUGGAACAGAGUAUAAGAGAUAUGCAAGGACUAGGAGGCCACAAAGGCAUCUCGUUCAGUGACUUGUGUAUGUUUCCUCACGUCCAUUUGCCUGCUGGUUUUAAAACUCCAAAGUUUGAAAAAUAUGAUGGUCACGGAGACCCCAUAGCUCAUCUAAAGAGAUAUUGCAACCAAUUGAGGGGUGCAGAGGGCAAAGAAGAGUUACUUAUGGCCUAUUUUGGGGAAAGCUUAGUAGGGAUUGCAUCUGAAUGGUUCAUAGAUCAGGAUAUCACCAACUGGCACACAUGGGAUGAUUUGGCUCGAUGUUUUGUACAGCAAUUCCAAUAUAAUAUUGACAUUGUUCCAGAUCGCUCCUCGUUAGCCAACAUGAGGAAAAGGACCACGGAAAAUUUUCGUGAAUAUGCUAUCAGAUGGAGGGAACAAGCUGCUAGGGUUAAACCACCGAUGAAGGAGUCAGAGAUGAUUGACGUUUUUCUCCAGGCGCAAGAACCUGAUUACUUUCACUAUCUGCUUUCUGCCGUAGGGAAGACAUUCGCUGAAGUUAUUAAGGUAGGGGAAAUGGUGGAAAAUGGCAUCAAGUCUGGAAAGAUUGUAAGUCAAGCUGCCUUAAAAGCCACAACACAAGUGCUUCAAAAUGGUUCUGGAAAUAUUGGAGGGAAGAAGAGAAGGGAGGAUGUGGCCACUAUUGUAUCAGCGCCUAGGACUCAUGUUCUAGGUAAUUCCCCACAACACUAUUUUCCUUCCCAAGCUCCACAAUAUUCUAUGUCAUACACUCCAUAUCAUGUUUUUAAUGCACAACCAAUUGCACCCCCUUCUUAUCCACAAUGGCGUGCACCAACUCCACAAAAUCAUCCACCACCCCCACAAGUUCAUCAAAAUACUGCUAGAAUUCCUUUCCGUCCUAGACCACAAUACAAAAAGGGAAAUGGCGUUAAAGAUGAGUUCACUCCUAUUGGGGAGUCGUAUGCUAGCUUGUUCCAAAAAUUAAGGACGUUGAAUGUUUUGAGUCCUAUUGAGAGAAAGAUGUCGAAUCCUCCCCCGAGAAAUUUGGAUUAUUCUCAACAUUGCGCAUAUUGUUCUAAUGCCCCAGGGCACAACAUAGAGAGAUGUUGGUAUUUGAAAAGGGCCAUUCAGGAUUUGAUCGAUUCUAAUCGAAUUAUAGUUGAAAGUCCGCGUGGACCCAACAUCAAUCAAAAUCCAUUGCUGAGGCAUACUAAAAUAAACAUGCUAGAAAUGAUGAAGGGUCAUGAAGAUUUUGCAUCUCCGUAUAAGCCAAUCCUUAGGGUUGGAACUGGCAUUCAGAAGUCAGCAAAUGUUGUUGAUUUAACAAAAAUGAUGCCUUUAGGGGCGAAAAGUGUGUUAGAAAAGUUGAGUCCAUCAAACACACCCAUCUUAACUGUGAAAGGAGCCCUUGAAGAUGUUUGGGCAAGUCCGAGUAAGGAAAAAUCGUUUGUUCCAAAAAUUCCAAACAAGCCUAUCUUGAUCUUGCAAGGGGCCCAUAUUCCUCCUGUGAUUAUCAGGCCAGUAUCCCAGCUCCCAAUGACUAACCCCAAAGCUGUUCCCUGGAAUUAUGAGCCUACUGUUGUGACAUACAAGGGAAAAGAAAUUGAUGAAGAAAUAGAUGAAGUGGGAGGAAUAACCCGUUCAGGAAGAUGUUAUCCCAAUGGAAUUAAGGAAAACUAA